CUGAUCCAUGCUCCAACCUGGAAGGUGGCGGUAGUGCACCAAAAAGUUGUUUGCCAACCACCAUAAAAAAAAAAAAGAAGAAGAUGGCAACGAAGACGAGUCCUUCUAUCAACUGUUAGAAAUGAACCAGCGGGGAAAAUCACUGGAGGCUGAUUUCAACUCCAAAGUUCUUCUGUACAGAUUAGUGGUUCCUGCAGAUGUUCAACAGAUGUUGGUGAUGAAAGAAGAUGCUCCUGAAGAACACAGCCGGAGUUUUGAGCUGGAGGGUCCAAAGCCCCUCAUGCCAGCUAUAAGCAAGGAAGAUGAAGAGUGUCUUCUGUUCUCACCCCUUCAUCAACACCAAAUGAAAGAUGGAGAAUUUCCAGAAGACCACUGUGGAGCUGCUGGAUCCUCUAGAAAUCAAGGUCAUGGAGAUUACUCCAACUCUUCAGAGACUGGAGUCCCUGAGGACAAGGGUGAUGAAGAUGAUGAUAUGAUUGAUGAUGAUGUAAACCAUCAAGGCUUUGAAGAACUGAAACACUUGCCAGAUUCUAGGCCAAAAGCUAAAGACAGGAGAGAUGACUGGAAAGGGAGCCAUUCAAGUAGAGGUUCUUCAGUCUCAGUGGAUAAAGCCAAAUGUUUUACAGCAGAUAGAAACAGAGACUCAAUGAGGAAAGGUCAGGUAAAAAUGACAUUUAUGUCUGGUCACAGUGGUAAAACAUGUGAUAGAAAUCUAAAACCAAAAGGACACAAACAAACCAACUCAGAACCAAAACAGUUCUGUUGUAAGUUAUGUGGACACACAUUGGGCUACAAAAGAAAUUUAGCCUCUCAUAUGAGAAUCCACACUGGAGAGAAACCUUUCAGCUGCGAUAUUUGUUCCAAAAUGUUUAGUAAGAAAAAUAAUUUGACCUCACACAUGAGAAUCCACAAUGGAGAGAAACCUUUCAGCUGCGAUGUUUGUUCCAAAAUGUUUAGUCACAAACAUCAUUUGACCUUACACAUGAGAAUCCACAAUGGAGAGAAACCUUUCAGCUGCAAUGUUUGUUCAAAAAUUUUUAGUAAGAAAAAUAAUUUGAUCUCACAUAUAAAAAUCCACACAGGAGAGAAACCUUUCAGCUGCGAUGUUUGUUCGAAAAUUUUUAGUAGGAAAAAUACUCUGACCUCACAUCUGAGAAUUCACACUGGAGAGAAACCUUUCAGCUGCGAUGUUUGUUCGAAAAUGUUUAGCCAAAAAUAUAAUUUGACCUCACAUAUGAGAAUCCACACUGGAGAGAAACCUUUCAACUGUGAAGUUUGUUCAAAAAUGUUUAGUCACAAACAUUAUUUGACCUCACAUAUGACAAUCCACACUGGAGAGAAACCUUUCAGCUGCGAUGUUUGUUCGCAAAUGUUUAGUCAGAAAAAUAAUUUGGCCUUACACAAGAGAAUCCACACUGGAGAGAAACUCUUCAGCUGCGAUUUUUGUUCCAAAAUGUUUAGUAAGAAAAAUAAUUUGACCUCACACAUGAGAAUCCACACUGGAGAGAAACCUUUCAGCUGCGAUGUUUGUUCAAAAGUGUUCAGUCACAAACAUAAUUUGCUCUCACACGCGAGAGUCCACACUGGGGAGAAACCUUUCAGCUGCGAUGUUUGUUCGAAAAUGUUUAGUCAAAAAAGUAAUUUGACCUCACACAUGAGAAUCCACACAUGAGAGAAAUCUUUCAUCUGUGAUGUUUGUUUGAAAUUGUUCAGAAAAAAAAGACACUGAGUGGAAACUGAAUCAAAACUCCUCUGUUUUAGAAAUGGUUGCCAUAUAUUUCUGUGGUGUUAAAGAUAAUUUUUACUUAUUUGUUUGUUUCUCUUCUGCUUAGGUUUUCAUUAACAUUCAAUGACUCUGUCCUUAAUCGCCGGACACUGACCCUGGAGGACCUAUAGUUAUAGGAUACUUUAUUUGUAUUGCUGAAAUAUGUUUACUUGCUCAGUAAAUUUUUAAAAUUUGGUUGUUUAGGUCAAAUUCUUUUCUUUGCCAGAUUUAUUCAUUAUGCUGAAUUUUCUUCAUUGUUGAAAAUACAACUGUGCUACAGAUGCGUUCUCAGGUCAAACUUUUACAAGAUGACAAGCCUGCCUGCUUGCUGGAGAUGUUUUUUGUUCAAUAAAGUAAAAUGUCUGUGUACUGUA